AAUAACUUCCUAGUUAUAUCAUUCCGGGGCAGUGUGGUUGGGGUUAGAGGUCAGAAAUUGAGACCGACUCCCUGUUUAGCGAUUCGGUUUUUCUCCGCUGCAGCAUCCCGGGACAAUGUGACCCUGCACGGAUCACCUUCAUUAGCUCGUCGGAAACCAUUACGAAGUUUGAUCGGUCCACGACGUGCACGGUUGAGUGACCGUCAGCUGGUGUAGCUUGCCACAGCAGCGGGAGGUAAAGGAAGAGAGAGAGAGGGGGAGGAAGGCUACGGCUCCAUCGAGCCAUGCGACAGUGGUGCCUCCCGGCUGCGGUACCGCGACCCGAACCGAUGCCCACAGGGCGCCUCUCACCCCCGCUAUCAGAUGUGAGGAUGGAGUGUUGUGAGGUGGAGCCACGCUAUACCAUCGAGCAGAUCGACCUCCUUCAGCGUCUCCGUCUCUCAGGGAUGACCAAGCCACAGAUCAUCCAGGCCUUGGAGUCCCUAGAGCGGCUAGAUCCCGACCAUCGGCCCCCGUACUGCAACGACACCCACGCCGCCAAUCCCACAACCAACACUACCCCUACCACAGCCUCCGCCCCAGCCCCCUCCUCCUCUUCCUCCUCCUCUUCUUCCUCCCUCUCCUUGGCAUCCGCCACAACGCAGACCCCUGGGCUAGACGGCGCCUCACUGUCGCCUAGCAACAGCUAUGAGGCCUCUCCCCCACCGCUGUACCCACAUGGGGUUGGAGUUCAGAAGUCUUUUAGCUAUGACAUCAUGGCAGAGGAGGACUGGGAUCUGGAGGAGAAGGUGGAGGAGUACAUGAGGAGGGACAGUAACCUGGUGAAGGAGGAGAUUAAAACCUUCCUCAACAACCGCAGGAUCUCCCAGGCCAUCGUGGGACAGGUGACAGGUAUCAGUCAGAGCUAUAUCUCUCAGUGGUUGCUGCAGCAGGGCUUGGAGAUGAGUGACUCCAAACGCAGAGCCUUCUACCGUUGGUACCUGCUUGAGAGAAACAACCCAGGGCUGAGAUGGAGUGAAAGCCAGCACGGCCCGGCGGGUCUGGGCCCAGGGCUUGGUGGUCUCGGCCAGGGGUUGGGCCAGAACCUGGGCUCUGGACCCGCCAGGGGAGGGGACAGAGACGUCACAGGGAUGGUGGGAAACGCCGCUACGGGCGCCACAGCCGCGGCCACUGCCUCUACCACCUGGGGCAGACAGAGAGAGCUGCUGAUGCACCUCCUCCCAUGGUACACUGCUGCCGCACAGCAGGCACAGCCAGGUGCUACCCUGUCGAUGCGCUCCCUGGUGAAGGAGGAGCCUGAUUGGAGGACGGGCGUCAGCCCUGGGGAGAGGGGCGGGGUGGCAGGCGGUCCUCUGAGGCUGCGGAGGGGAAGCAGGUUCACCUGGAGGAAGGAGUGCCAGUCAAUCAUGGAGAGUUUCUUCAUGGAGAACCAGUACCCUGAUGAAGCGAAGAGAGAGGAGAUCGCUAACGCCUGCAACUCAGUCAUCCAGAAACCUGGAUGCAAGCUGUCCGAGUUUGAGCGUGUCACGGCUCUGAAAGUGUACAACUGGUUCGCCAACCGCCGGAAGGAGAUGAAGAGGCGGGCUAAUAUAGAGGCAGCCAUCUUGGAGAGUCAUGGUAUCGAGGUUCCAAGCCCGAGCUGUCAAUCCAACGGGGAGGACUUGGAACCACAGGACUUCACAGAGCAGGUGAAUCAACGAUUCAUAGAGCAGGAAGAGAUAUCUUCCGGGAAGGACCUUGAUCUACAAGACACCUCCUCAUUGGCUGCCGUCGAGGUCCUUCCCCCUCCAAUCCCCACCUCUCAGGUUCUGGAACAGAAAGCUGACGAAUCGAAGAGAGAGACAGUGGACGAGGAGUGACCAAUGGGAGAGCGUGGAUUUGAAUAUAUAACGGCAUAUUAAAAAAAUAUAUAUUAAUAAUAGAUGCUCUGAAUGUCUUCAGGGGUUAUGACAAGUCAGUGCGUUAAUUGUUGAAAAGGGUGCUAUAGCUCUCGGUGCCUCUAGUGGUAGGGAGGCCACUGUGUCUAUACAGUAAUCAUGCUUUAUAGUAAUGUCAAUAUUUAUCUCUAUCUCUCCAUGUAGUGCAUUCCAAGACGGUCUUAAACGAAAGAUGACUCCUUAUAAAUAAUAGGGGUCUAAGUGGUUAAAUCCUCUAGAAGCUCAACAGCCUUUUAACGUUUUCGUUGCUACUUACUUUUUAAUUAUUAUUAUUAUUUUUUUAAAGGUUUUGACGAGUGGUUGCGUAAUAAUGGACUGGAGUGGGAACUGAAUGUUUUGAACCUGCAGGUCAGGUGUGUUUUGAUGAUGAGGUGAAGACGGGCGUGUUUGGUCGAGGCGAGUUGAACUUUUGGUGUGACGAUAAGUGUAAUAUCAGCCUUCUCUGCUAGCUUGAAUGUCUUUGACCCGAUCUUAGUAAACUUGUUAGACGUUGGGAUCAAUCAAUCAAGUAGUCCGGGUCAGUGUUAUUAAGAGUCCAACCCUGAGGGACAAAUGGAAUCUCAGGUAAACCCAAAGAUGGUGGAUGAUGACGAAUCAUCACGUUUCUCUCUCUCUCUCUCUCUAAUAAGCUUCGUUCAAAAGGAAUGUUUCAUAUCAUAUGUUGACUGUUUCUAUGACAACAACAAAAAGCAUCUGUAUUCUGUCUUCGUUGGGAUGUCAGCAAGCCAAACUAACACGGCGUUUCAUUUAUUACGCUUCCUUAACGGUCGUCUUUCCUCAACAAAUGUUGAUUUGAUCAAAUGAACAUUUUUAUUAUGCAUAAGUAGCAAAACUAAUAAUAAUGAGUUACUCAUGUCCCUUUUUCUCUUAUCGACAUGAACCACUUGUCCGCCGAACCCAUCGAGAAGCUACUCAAAAGUCUAGUCUGGUUUGGGUUUUAAAAAAAUAAAGAGAUCUUCUAGGCCACAUUAUUAUUAUUAUUAUUAUUGAAGUUGUUAAUCAUGACUUGUAAAAUGUAUCUGUGUUAUAAACAGCACCUUCUUCUA